AUGCCUUCUCAAGACGACCUAUUGAGAGCUCUUGUAGACGUGGAUCCUUGCCACUUCCCAAGACUACUCCCUGACCUUGUCGAUUCACCGACAACAGAGACAUAUUCCUCAUGGCUGUGUUUACCAGAGACUCGAGAAUUGGGCGGGAAAGAUCUGUAUACAUUUGCCUUCGCACUACUACUCAAGGCCUACAUUCGCACUGAUAGCAUAUCCUGCGGUUUGUUGACUAGCUCAAAGUCAAACACCCCAGGAUUACCCAUAGCCCAUCUCCUCAGAGCAGAGUUUGACUUGUCUACAUCAUUGCUCGAUAACUCUCAGAAACUAGUGUGUAUCCCACUGACAGGGGCAGAUGAUUUUCGUGCGUACGAAGAUCAAGCCGGCUUCAAGUAUUUUAACGCGACCAUCAAUUUAACACACUUUGACCUGCACGAGCAACCUUUCGAGAAUCCCUUUCGCUCUGAAAUAGUCCUCUGUGUUGAUAGCGACACCGCUUAUACCGGCCAAGUCAAGGCCACAUUGCACUACCGCACAGAUAUCCUGGAUAGGUGGUGUGCACAGAACGUCCUUGCUACAUUCGAAAGUAUCCUGUCAACCAUCAGCAGCAACAUCGAUGAUCUACUGUCGAGCGUCAGCCUGAUUAGCUCUCGGGACUUGCAGCAUAUCUAUAGCUGGAACACUAAUCUGCCGACUCCUGCCCGCCAAACCCUCAAUGAGCACUUCGAGAAAGUUUUCCAACGCAAGGUAAAUAAGGAAGCAGUAUACACUUCUGACGGUUGUUUCACGUACGGUGAGCUGGACGACCUCAGCACCGUGCUGGCGGUACGUAUGACGCAGCUUGGUCUCAAGCGAAAUAUGAUUGUACCGAUUUGUAUGAACAAAAGCAAAUGGGGCACAUGUGCGAUGACGGCUGUAUGGAAAUCUGGGGGCGCUGUCACGACUAUGGAUCCCGCAUAUCCGGAUGAGCGCUUGUUUGCAAUCGUGAAAGAGGUGGGAGCUAGGAUCAUCAUCAGUGAUUUAACCCAUGCACCGAGGUUCAAAAAGGUUGGUCUUCAUGUAAUAGCGGACUUGGAGGAUCUCCCUCAGGUCCUCGAGCGCGAAGGUCUUCCCAUUUCUCGGGUUGAUGCAUGGCGCAUGGCGGACGUGAGGCCUGAUGAUCUAGCCUUUGUGGCGUUUACAAGCGGUAGCACCGGUCGACCUAAAGGUGUAAUGCAUACUCACAACCGUCUGACGUCGGAGCACAAAUCCUACAGUUGGAACGCUGAAUACAACAAUGGGGCCAGGAUUCUACAAUUUGGGUCUUAUGCAUUUAUUGCUGGUGUUGGGGAUAAUUUCCGUUCCCUACUCCACGGUGCAACCCUAUGCGUGCCAUCUGAGACGGAGCGCACAUCAGGGCUGGUUGAAUUUAUCAACCGCUCGCGAUCAACUCGGUCUUACAUGACACCAUCACUUGUUCGGACAAUCGACCCUAAAGACGUGCCAAGUUUGAAACAUUUGUGUGUAGGUGGCGAGCCUUUAGGCCAUGACCUUGAAAAGGCUUGGGCUUCCUACGUCCACUUCAUCCAACUAUAUGGUGCGAGCGAAGGGGGCUUCAUGAUCAAAGACCGAAGUAAUCCACAUUAUCAAACACAUGGCCUGUUUCCUAUCGGUGGACUAUCGUGGCUUGUGGAUCCGCAAGAUGUGAACAAGUUAGUCCCCAUAGGUGCAGUGGGUGAGAUUGUCUUUGAAAGUCAUGAACUAGCUACUGGGUAUCUGAAUGAUCCGGAUAAGACCGCCAAAACUUUCAUCAACCCCCCUGUUUGGGCGCAAGAACGAUCUGCUGCCACAGGUUGCAGAUACUUAAGAAUGGGAGACUUGGGAAGAUACGAGAUAGAUGGCAGUCUGUCAGUAUAUGGGCGCGCCGAUGCUCAAGUUAAGAUUCAUGGACAGCGUGUUGAGCUAGGAGACAUUGAGUCAAACCUCCGUGAUAUGUUACCACCAAAAUCAGAAGCUAUCGUGGACCUGGUCAGGCCAUUUGAUGCCCCUGAUCGACCUGUUUUGACGGCCUUCUGUCGCCUAGAGUUGGAAAAUGUGCGCAAGCAAGACCACUACCCAAAUCUUGAUAGUGAAACAGUUAUCUCCCUCGCUCGGAAACACCUUGAAGAAACUCUUCCACGGCACAUGAUUCCUAGAGCUUUCCUCGUUAUGAAGAACCUGCCGCAAAACUAUAAGACCGACCGCAGGAAGCUCCGGAGUGAUGCGAGUAAAUUAGGCUAUAAGGCCUUGCUUGCGUCGUCGUUACCUGUGAGUGACAACCCGCUAGUGCCUCCCGCAAAUGACAAAGAGCGUAUGCUCGCCGAGUUGUGGGCAGGUAUUCUCGGCCAAGACGUCACAGGUAUUGGAAGACAGAGCGAUUUCCUCGCUUUGGGUGGUGAUUCACUCGCAGCAAUAAGGCUUGUCGCGGCAUCGCGCUCGAAGAAUCUUGGGUUAACAACACAGGAUAUCUUGAGAUGUCCCCUAUUGCAAAAUAUGGCCGAGCUUGCAAUAGUCGGGAGUGCUGAUGUGAGAGAUGCAGCGAUUACCGAUGAUGUUAAAAACGACCUAUCCUGGCACCACCACAGUACGAUUAUUUUGAGAGCAACUGACUUCCAGGAGUGGGCGGCGUCUGUGGGCGCGAUCAAUGGAGGAUGGAUCGACCACCUUGUGUACGACUUUCGGGGCCAACUUGACUUGCAACAGCUCAAAAGAAGCUGCAAAGGUCUUGUUGAGGCACACUCGAUCCUCAGAACUGUGUUCGAACCUAUCGACGACAGAAUCCACAUGCGGGUGCAUCAUGUACAAGACGCCCCAUUUAGAAUUCAUCAUGCAACCAUCGACGAAAUGGAGACGCAAAGCAACAAAAUAUACGCGAUAGAUAGAAUCUCUCCUCUAGGAAGCCCUAUCUUGCGAUUUGACCUGAUCAAAGCAUCCCCUACCAGGCAUAGACUUAUUAUGCGGCUCUCCCAUGCGCAGUAUGACGGGUUCUGCGCCGACACAUUUGGGCAACAUCUUAGGUACCUCUACUUCUCCCAGCCAAUCCCGCGCACCUUGCCCUUCCAUGAAUACACCAGGAGAAUACAAGACCCACGCCUUAUACACGAUGCAGAGGUUUAUUGGCGAAACCAUCUCAAGGGUAGCCGAAUGCCACAACUAGUGAGACGAGGUAGGUGCGGACCACCUUUCGACAAGAACUUAGACGGCGAACUCAGGCGAUCCAUUGUGGAACCAAACCUACGACGCUACGGCCUCAGCACGGCUGUCAUUGUUAAGGCAGCCUGGGCCCUCACAAUCUCCUCAGUAUCUCAGUCAGUCGAUGUCGUAUUCGGUGACUUCGUUGCUGGGCGCCAGGUUCACAUUCCGGAUAUCGAGACGGUUGUCGGCCCUUGCGUGAACUUUAUGCCAGUCCGAGUACGCCUUUCGCCGAACCUUACUUGUAUUGAGCUCCUCAGGGCGGUCCAAGCCGAUCUAGUUUCCGCAAUCCCGCACGAGUCCCUCGGGUUCAAGCACAUCAUCCAAAAGUGCACGGGUUGGGGCCAGGAAGAAAGAUUCUCGAGUAUUGUCAAUUUCGUCAACGUUGGAUCGGCCAGUUUCGGAAGCGAAAUCUGGGUCGAGGACGGAGAAGACAAACUUGAGGUUGAUUCCAUCUACGAGGAACAACAGCAUGACAAGACAGACUUGUGGUUACUGUGUUUACCAGGGCAUCUGGCGUCGAAACCGGAAAAAGAGGACAACGGCAGAAGGGAGACCCUAGAGCUAAAGUUGAGAUACAACACGAGUUUAUAUGGGACACGCAUGAUCCAUCGAAUUGCAGACUUGUUUUGCGCAGCUAUCGAGUCUCUCUCAACAACUUUGUAUGGACCAGUGGUCAUACCGCAAUUAUCAGAUGAAGAGCGUUCGUGCCUUGUGCCUACCUCCGACUGA